GUACACCUCUAGGCAACAAAAGAAAGCCUUGCCUGCACAUUCACUUCAACUCGCAUGAUGUCCAGGUUUUCCAACUUUUAACCAGCUCAUUGAUAGGCAAAGCGCGUGCGUAGAUUCCUUUGAGGGUUGACCACCAUCGCAGUUAUGGCGCCCAGCGUCAAGAUGUUCCUUGCGCCCGCUCUUAUAAUGGGCCUCAAGGCGAUGAAGGUUGAUUUCGCCGCGCCAGAAAACCUUCUCGUUAUACGAGGAGUGUACGGUGUUUCUGUAGUUGCCGUAUUUUUAGCGUACCUUGCGAUUGCCUAUAAACUGAGCACGACGGGCGACAUGCAGAAGAAGCUAAAGGUGAAGGAGAAGAACGUCUCAGGCCAAGAAAUCGAGACGGUCCUAACUUACGCGGCCUACGAUCAGAAGGAGCUUCAAAAGCUGGCGAUCCAGUUCUUGAUGGGGGUGGGGAUGACUGUCUUCAUUCACUACAAGUGGAAUGUUGUUCCCGCUCUAAUCCUACAAGCAGUUAUGGGACCAGUGAACCUAACAGAUCACGCACUUGCGAAGAUCUACUUGUUUGGAAAGAAGGAAACGAAGCGGCCUUUCAAGGACGAGAGCAAUCCGCUCGCGGCCAUGUUCAAGCCCCCAGAGCCGGCGGCUGAGGAGGUUGAGGGAUCCCCCGAGGCGGAGACUACGACACCAGCGGUUGAGGCGUCAGCCGCUCCGAAGUCGUCGUCAAAGGAUUCAAAAAUCCCCCAAAAGGACUCAAAAGUUCUUCGAUUGGAUACGGACACGCGGAAAAGGAAAUAAGGGAAGAGCGAAGUUGAUACUUGGAACAGCCGCAGGCCUGGGGUUUGCGGAGUGUCGCUGUCUUUGGGGAGAACCACGUUAUCAACGGCUAAACGGUCUGAUCAGCCGACAUUGGAACUGGAUCAUCAUGGAUGAGGUAAUGUGCACUUCAGUGGAGCCGGGGCUUCUAUAGUUAAGGUUUGUUUGUAAGGUUGAAAUAAGGUCAGGGUAUCGCAAGAACUUCUUCAGAACUGCAACAUGUCUUGUGCUUCAGUAUAGGGGAGGACUUGUUUUGACAGGGACACGGCAUCAUGCAUGGCAUGCAACAACAAUGCCAGACGAAUCGAAGGCAAUAGGUAGAUAGGACAUACUCAUAUCUAAGUUCAAAUGCUGGCAGUGUCAAGUAUCUCCGAAGAGCCUUGUUCUCCUUCGUGAAAUUCGUUGUCAAUCAUACAUACUGCAGUCUCGAAA